AUGCAUAAUGAAUUCAUAAACUUAAAUAUGAAAAACUACUACAGCCGAGGCAAGCGAGAAGAGAUGGAAAACAAGCUAAGGCAAGAACAGAAAAAAUUUGAAACCAUGAUGCAGCAAGCAAGAAAUAGACAAAAAGAAUUAAUCAAAGAAACAAACGAAAUUAGAAGGUAAUUUUAAAGCAGCAUUUCUAAAGUUGCUGCAGCACAAAUCAGGCUGCAAGAAGUACAGAGGCAAGAAGAAGAGAGACGAAAAAGAAAGGAUCACAGAGAUGCUUAUAUUAGCUAUCUUAGAGGCAACAACAGAGGCUGCUCUAGAGAAAGAGAAAUUUCUGCUUUAGAUCUCCAAAUUGUUGAGCCUCCUAAAGAAAAAACCAAAAUUCCAGCGCCAAAUCAUAAUCAGCCAGUUGAAUGCAGGAUAAACACCCCAAAUACCAAAAUUCCUCGUUUUCUUUCAAAUUUGAAAGAAGAUAAGCCAUUAUGAAGUAAAGGAGAUUUACUUGAUAGUCUUGAUUUAUCAAAUACAAAUUUAAAUAAAAAACCCAAAAAAGAAGAAUUUGAAGAUUUAAAUAAGCCUGAAUGAAAUCCUACUGAAAAGGAAAACUGGCUUGAACAAAAUAUAAGGGAAAGUAUCAGAGAAUGAGCCCCAACAAAAGAAAUGAAGAUUAUUAGUGAAGAAGAGGAAAAACCAGAAAAAAUAGAAAACAUCAAGCCUACUAAAAGAGUCACCAAAGUACUCUCUGUGAAAAGACAGACAAACCAGAAUAAUCAGAUAAAUGCGAUAGAGAACCAGGAAAAAGUUACAGAAAAGCCAAAGUCAAAAUUUGUGUCAAGAAUAAAAUCAAUUGGGAACAAUGAUCCAGAUACAGAGUUUUUAAAUGUUGAAUUGGAGUGUGUAAAUGAAGCAGAAAAUAAAAUUGAAGAGUCUUUAGCAAGGCUUGAUAUAAAAGCUUUAAAAGUAAAGUGCAAAAGUGAAGUGGCAGAUCUCAACCAAGAAGUCGAAAAACUAGAAGGGUCAAUAGAGAAGCUGAAUCUUCAAAUGGAUAAUAAAAAAGAAAUAAAAAAAGCAGAAGUGCCUGCACAAGAGCAGCCUGUCCAGAAAGUUGAAUUUAAGCCAAUUGCUAAGAAAGAUAAAAACGAGCCCGCAAAAAUGACAUAUAAUUCUAGAUAUGAACAAAUUAACGAAAAUGAAGGAUCUGAUAGCUUGUCAAGAUUUGGAAUCGAUGAUACAAGGUCGAUAUAUAGCGCUCAUCCAUACCCAAGGAAAAGACUUAUUGAUGAAGAUGAGCGCUCUAUGGUCAGUGCAAUCCCAGGGAAAGCUGAGCCUAGCGAGUAUGGCGCUUAUUCUGUGUUUGGAGAAGAAACUAAGUCAAAUAGAUCUAAAAAAUAUUCAAUAGUCCAUAGAAAGCAGUCCCAACAAAAACUAUUCUCAAAGGAUGCAGAAACAGAUAUAGCAAGUGAACAAUCUGAAACAAAAACAGUACAAGGAGACGUUGUAAGAAUCAACCCAAAUAUAGAUGUUAGAGCUUUGUUUUUCGAUGAUUAA